AUGAUUAUAUUAUACUUGUGGGCUGUAGCUGCCUGCUUCGUGGGCAAUUCAGCGGGGGAAAGAGGGGGCUCUCUAAGAGGAGCCUUGGAAGCUCUACAGAGAAGACAACGUGGUCGUUUACAUAACCAAGGACCUAUCAUAGCUCAAGACUAUGAUGCCUUAUACGAAUUUGUUCCUCCACAGCCAUACGCAGAACCAGAUUACGCAGUGGAUGUAGAAGAUAUCGAGGAUGAACCAUCGCCAAAAUAUAUUGUGAAAUUACUAGACAAUGAUAACCCAUCUGAAGCAUACGAAUACAAAAUAAUCAAAAAGAAGAACUCUGUACGGUCUGCGAAUAAAAAGGAGUCUGCAUUCCGCGAACGAAGUCAGCAUUCUGAUAAUGAUAGACUUCGGGACCUCUUCAUGGAAAGAAAUGAACCACAAGAAAAAGAAGAAAUAAUCCAAGAGCGUCCUGAAAAUGAUGCAGAUUAUGCUAUGCUGUUAGGACAACUCUGGAGCAAAUAUAGAAAUCAUAAAGCUGAGUCUAAUCGAGCCGACAAUGCUCCGCAAGGAGUCGUUAAGUUGUAUAAAGAAAAAGUAGUAAAAAAAAGCUACCCCAAUAGUUGGGGGCCGAUUGCUUUUAAAAGAAAACGUAGUUCUGGAUUCGAGACGGAACAACCUAUAGAGUCGGAUGAAAACAAAAACCUUGAAAGUCAAGAUCAAGAAAAUUCUAAUUACAAUUCAUAUGACGUUUCUGAUGAUGAUAAGGAUGACAUAAGAGAAGAAUACGCUAUAGCAUUCCAGCCAUUGGAUGACGAUAGCUUAUCCGAUCUCGCUGAUGAGGAUCAACUUGCAUACGAAAACAUCGAAAAGCGUUUUCCCGUAACAAAGCGGAGCGGUGGCACAGAAAAUAUGAAUAUGCAAAAGAAACGUUUUGCGUUAAAUAACAACAAUGCUAAGACAUUCCGAAGCGGCGCAGGUACGGACCCGAAAAUUAUCGAAGAUCUUUCAAAAAUCUUUGGCAAUUCUGACUACGAAAUAAUAAAAAAUCCAGUAAAACGUAGUAGCGACCACGCCGAUAUUCUUCACGAUGUAAAACCUCCAAUUUUACAUGACCACGAUAAAAACAGCACUCACAAUAGUUCAAACCCAUUGUUACACGAAGAUGUAAGUCACGAACAUCACGGUCAUCCUCCGGGUGUAUCCGGCAAAGAAAUAGAACAUGACGUAGCUCUACAUGCGCAUGAUCAUGAUCACGACCAUAGCCAUAAUCACGGUCAAAAUGAAUCAGAGAAGCCCAAAGUUGUUAAAAAGAAAUCAGUAGACUGGUCUGACUAUUUUGGGAUCGACAAACGAUUUAAAAAGUCAGCUUCAUUGAGUGAUGAUAGACUGAAAAAGCUCUAUUUUGAUACGUUCAAUAAAGAAGUUAUCUAUCCUGUAAACAGUUUGAGAAACAAUGGUUUUAUAAAACGGAGUUAUGGUCCCCAAACGGUUAACCAGAACACUGCUAAUGCUCCUUUGAAGUUACGUGGCGAUAAAAGAAGCGGCAACGAUGCUGAAUCGAAAUUGGAUAAUUUUGAUAAAAAGUUGAAGAACAUGGAAGGCAUUAUUGUGGACGAAGCCUUACAAUAUUCGAAUAUUGGCCAUGAUGAUUUAGACUCUAAGGAAGAGCAAGAAAUGAAGGAGAAGUUAUUAUCACGUCUAGCAGCAGCGUAUAGUUUAGAAAAAAUGCGAAAGGCUUUAAAAGAAUUUAAACAAAGUUUACAAGUGCAGAAGACAACUCCUAGUUCCCAAUCGACUCCAGAAGCUGACAUGAAAGAUAAAAGAGUCGCUGUCAAGAAGGAAAAAGUGAUAAUGAACAAUGAAAUACCGUCUCAUCUACAAAAUAGCGAAACAAAUGAAGAUUUCGAAGAUGAACAAGGCGCUGGUCACUACAUUAAUGGAAAACUUGAAGAACAACUAUCGGAAGGAUAUAUGGGAGGAAGUGGACGACACCGAUCGCCGGCGAUAUCGACAGUGAGUUCAACUGGUGCCUGCCCAGUCCUUGACAAAAUUGUUAAAAGAUGCCGUGGUGUCGAUUUAUUGGCUGGCGACCGCGGACAAUUAUUCCUUCCUCUGUGCAGUUUGCAUCAAAUAUGUUAUCUUUGUGGCGAAGCACCUCCCACAACGUGCGACUUAGUAUUCCUUUCGGAGGCAGAUUCUUCUUGCGAAGGGGAUAUGAGCUGUCAACGCGCUGCCCGGUCUGCUCUGAUGGCUUUGAGGGAGCUUCACGACAACCUGGCGGACGAAUUGGACGGUGAAUGCGAAGCGAGCCCCUGCCUUCCAGCAACCCUCAAGUUAAACUUAGGCUGGCAAAGAGCUCUACAACGAUAA